AUGAAUGGAUUGUAUGCAACCAUUCAAAGGUUGGUACCUGAUUUGAGCACUCAAGAUAAGAUUGGGGAACAACUAGACUUGUAUCAAAAUGCCCAUGGUCUUUUUGGCAAUCCGAUGGCCAUAAGACAAAGAGACAAAAGAGCUCCAGCUGACUGGUGGUCUGCAUAUGGAGCAUAUCAAAGAAAGGACACCACAGAUCCUAUUCUUUUGAAAGAAAUAGAUGAAAGUAACGAGUGGUUGAUGGGCCAUAUGGAUGAGGAAAAUGUUGAGGAGGAUGACUUUGUGUUUGAUGGAAAUGAUUUAACUUGGUCUGUUGUUGAUAAAGCUUCUGGGGCAUCUGAGCCUAAUUAUUCUACUAGGAGGUCAUCUACACCAAGUUCAACUUCAUUAAGAGAUAAAGGAAAUGGUGUUGCUGAAACCUCAAAUUGUAAAAGGGCUUCUAGGGGAUUUAGCUUGAUUGAUGAAGAGAUAGAAGAAGAUAAUGGAGUUUCUGAAGAUGAUGGGGAGGAGUAG